AUGCACAUUGGAAAGAAAGAACGGGUUGAUUAUAUGUCGGAGAAACAUUGCAUUCAUUCUUCAAGUCCAAUCUCAAGAGCAACGGGCGCACUCAAAGAUGAUUUGGAUGAGAAUGAGAUAGAGGAGCAGUCGGAGCAUGCGUCAGAUCUGACCCAUCCCACCCUUGACAGCUCGCUCGCCCAACAUAAGCUCAGAUCCAAAUGGGUCUUCUGGCUCUUGCACCGUCCCCCGUCCAAAAAAAUCUCGGAGGAAGAGUACGGGAAAGCAAUGAGACGGUUAGGCGCCUGUGACACUGUGGAGACGUUUUAUUCAUUGUAUUUGCACAUAAAGCGGCCCUCGAACCACCUCCCAAUCUCGGACCUGCACAUCUUUGUGGAUUCAAUCAAGCCUGCAUGGGAGGACCCGCUGAACGUAGAAGGGGGGAAGUGGACGAUACGGCUGAAGAAGGGGCUGGCAAACCGGCUCUGGGAGACGCUGAUCUUCAGCCUCGUCGGCGGCGGGCUCAAGAAGCUCAUCGCCAACCCGGACAGCCUCUCCAACGACAACAAAUCACCCGCCCGCAAACACAAGGAGAUCUGUGGGGCCGUGCUCAGCAUCAGAAGAGACAAGGACAUCCUGGCCGUCUGGCAUAGAACCGGCGCUCCCGACGUCGGGGGCGACGGCAAGAUGGCCAAACAAGUCAAAUUGUCACUCCAAACAGUCUUGCAGCUGCCCUUGAAUUGCCACCUGGUCUACAAGCUCAACGCCGACUGUCUCUCGUCGAACGUUGCAGUUAGCAUGACGACAAUUGCCCAGAAUAUCCAACAGAACCCCUACAACAACAACAAUAACAACAACAGCAUCAACAACAACAGCAGCCAUCAUCACCACCACCAACACUACCAGCAGCAGCAAGGCCCAAUCAAGGCCCACCAUCCAAACUACAACCCCAACUACCAUCUCAAACAAAACCAUCGCUUGUCUGCUGGCUUCAAUAACCCCUCUCAGCCUGCCGACCAUGCCAAGCCUGCCGUCACCCAUCCGUUCUCUGCCGGCUUUGGCGCCCUUGGAUCGGCAUCCACUGCCAACGCAGCAGCCGUCAACACCGGCAAGAAAGAGUAA